AUGCUCCUAGGUUACGACGCGGAUUUCACUACGACUGUAGCCGGCAUUCUACCAGCUAUAAUAGUAGCCCCUAAGCCGACGGUGUAUGAGAUCGAGGCUCGAUGGGAGGCUAACACUGCCUACUUUGCGGAUGUCUAUCCAUCGCCUCUCACUCGAGAACAACCCACGUUUACAGCACCGGCGCCGGCUAUCUUGCAUAUGCAUGGCGGAGGCAUGUUCCAGUUUGACGUCUUAGUAGAAUAUUGGGUAGCACUGGAGAAGCCUUACCCAGCGCCAUCGGAGGGCUGCUACGCGGGCCUGAAGUGCGGCAUCGCCACGACAGGCGAAAACUUGGUCGCUGCGUCGGCGUUACAGGCAAGAUCGAGGCCCCUCUCUGUGCCUGCAGAAGCAGAAUUUUCUAUCUAUCCGAUGUUGGACGAUCAGAUUAUCACUGGUUGGACCGAGCUCUUGGGUAGAGAUGUUGUCGGCUCGGAUAAGGUCGAGGCCUAUGCUGCGCCUACCCGUGCCCACUGCCCAGAGGCCUUGGGUAAGGUUGCGAGGGUGAAUAUUAGUUUGCAGCUUCAUGUUAAUUCUGGCUUGCCAUAUGCUUUUGAGAUUUCUGAGAGUUGGGCUGAGGUGUCACUGAGGUCUUUUGCUAAUAGAUUUAAGGCUAUUGCCCGGUUGUAG